AUGAGGACACCUACGUCGUCACCGAUGAAGCUUGCGCCGAAGCGAAGACGCACGGUGACGAACGUCACCGCAUCGCAAGCCGAAACCGAAGUUGCCGCCGAUCCCAUGCCACUGAAGCGCAAGUCGCCCUCGAAGCCUGAUCCCGCGUCCUCGCCGAAGAAGCGGCGAACAGUAUCUAAGCUCAUGACGAAGGCACGCGAGCUGAUCAACCAGGAGGAGGACGUGCAGCCUGUUGACGGAGCGCGCGCGGAGGAUGUAGAAGCAGACGAGCAUCCUGAAGCUGUGAUGGCAGAGGAAACGGAAACAAUUACGGACGAGGAUCUCGUUGACGUCUACAUCCCAGAUGGCCCUGAAACUAUCAUCUACACUUGCAAACAGCAGCCGUGCCCCAACUGGACACCCCAAUCAGUCGCGCAAGAUUACCCGCACUACAAGACGAUCAGAAGGGCCCAACACCCACUCGGUCCCCGUAGCACCCUCGCAUCCCAAUCUGCCUCGCGGCACUCUCACCCUGUCUCCCCCAGCUCCCGCCUUCCCCAAACUGUUGCUGGUCCAAGUCAAGCGCGAGGAGAUCUCCCUCCAGACCUUGCGCCAGAGCCUGAGUCUAAAGAGAGUGUGAGUGAAGAAGGAGUCUUGGAGUCCAAGUCCGCGAAUCCUGCUCGGCCCACCUUGCCAACAGCACUCGCCCCCACAUUAGCAGUCCCUGACAUACGUGACCUCUCCCCCGGGCUUCCUCCAGCACCUUCACCGUUGUCGCCGCCCACACACUUGCUCCCUUCGAAGUCCGACCAGCGGAGGGCCACCACAGCCGCCUCCGCCCCUGCGCCAUCCUCUGUCCCCCCGCCACCAAUAAUGUCCUCGCCCGCAAUUGCCCCUGACAAGGAGACCCUGAAGCUCCUCCUCCCACUCCAAUAUGAUGGCAAAACCGUCAUCAAAUGCAACAGGUUCCUGUUGCAACUCCGCAUCUAUUGGUUGAUCAACACGUCGUUGACAACCAUCGAACUCAAGGUGCAGAUUGCGUUGAGCCUGCUUGAUGGUGAUGCCCGUGCCUGGGCCACUCCCUACUUCUCCCAGCUCGCAUCGGUGCAGAUGGGUGUACAAGGGGUUACAACCCCUUUCAGGAACAAAGCAGCCUUCACUGCCACCUUCAAGGCUCCCUUCGGUAAUCUCAACGACGAGGCAGCAGCACAAGUAGAGUUGGUGUUGUGA